GAGGAGACCGCGGAAGAGGCAGACACCGGCGGAGAGGAGAUAAAGCCAGAGACGACACACGCACGCAUUCGUCCAUCUGACGACCUCUCCCAGCAGCCACAUCCUCCCCUCCCCGGCUGCAGCUGCUUGGGUCAGGAUGCGCAAUGGGACAAGCGUGCGGACACGCUCUGCUCUGCCGUAGCCAGCCGCCAUCCUCCGACAUACGCAGUCAGCAGGUGUUGCUGCGUCCCGAGGAGAGUUCCCUUCCCGGGCUGAGCAGCAGACAGUCCGCCACCUUGUCGGAACAAGUCCAGGAUGCUCUGCUGCAGCUGGCAGCGGUUGUCGACGCGCGCUCGCUGCGAGCGGCCCUCCGAGACAGCGUCCAGGCGCUGCUACCCAGCACGGUGUGUGUGUGCGUGUACACAUUGGAGGGAAACUCCAGGCUGCUGUCUGACGACCCACCGCAUGAGCUGCCACGGGAGGGGAAGAUCAGGAGCGUUGUUGACCAGCUGAAGCGAUGCCAGUGUGCAGGCUUUCCAUCGUCGGAACUCCCAGAAAAAUACAGAAGCUACCUUGCAACGCCGCUGACGGCACACCAAAGAGCUGUGGUUAUUCCCAUCUUGGACCAGGAGAGGACCAAAGCUAUUGCUGUCUUACUGGUGGGCUGCAGUCCCCUCACUGAUCAGGAUGAAGUGCACCUGGACGUGCUGGAGAAACAUGUGUCGGUGGCAUGUGUGCGCGUCCAGCUUGUUCAGGCGUCCUACCAGAGGCCCCCCCUGAGCCCCUCGCCGAUCCAGUCCCACAAUGCACUGCUGCAACUCAACGUCUCUGAGCAGGACUACUGCGAGUUGGACCACAACAUCCUACAACUCUGCGGUGAGCUUUAUGACCUGGAUGCAGCCUCUCUCCAGCUCAAAGUCAUCAAUUAUCUGCAACAGCAGACUCAGUCGCAGUGUUGUUGUCUGCUCUUAGUGUCCGAGGACAACCACCAGCUUUUCUGCCAGGUCGUUGGAGACAAAGUCCUGGAGGAAGAGAUCAGUUUCCCGCUGAUGUUUGGACGUUUUGGUCAGGUCGUGGAGAAGAAGAAGUCAAUUUCUCUUCAAGACAUCAGCGCCGAGGAGCGCAGGCAGCUGUCCAGCAUGUUGGGCUGCGAGAUCUCCUCCAUGCUGUGUGUGCCGGUGGUGAGCAGGGCCACGGGCCAGGUGGUGGCACUCGCUUGCGCCUUCAACAAGCAGGGUGGACAGAGACACACUGAGGUGGACGAGCACGCCAUCCAGCACUGCUUCUGCUACACUUCAACAGUCCUCACUUCCACUCUGGCCUUCCAGAAGGAGCAGAAGCUGAAAGUGGAGUGCCAGGCGCUCCUGCAAGUGGCCAAGAACCUAUUCACACAUUUGGACGACGUGUCGGUGCUCUUACAGGAAAUUAUAGUGGAGGCCAGGAACCUCAGCGGCGCGGAGAUCUGCUCCGUGUUCCUGCUGGAUCGUCACAGCCAUGAGUUGGUGGCCAAGGUGUUUGACGGGGGUGUGGUUAGUGACGAAGAGAAGGAGUUCCGUAUCCCAGCAGAUCAGGGCAUUGCAGGCCAUGUGGCAACCACAGGUCAAAUCCUGAAUAUCAAGGACGCCUACUCCCACCCUCUUUUCUACCGCGGCGUGGAUGACAGCACCGGAUUCAAGACUCGCAACAUCCUCUGCUUCCCCAUCAAAGAUGAGAACGACGAGGUGAUCGGUGUUGCUGAGUUGGUGAAUAAAAUGAACGGGCCGUGGUUUAACCGCUUUGAUGAGGACCUCGCCACGGCCUUUUCCAUCUACUGUGGUAUCAGCAUUGCCCAUUCUUUGCUCUACAAGAGAGUCCAUGAAGCUCAGUUCCGGUCCCACCUGGCUAAUGAAAUGAUGAAGUACCACAUGAAGGUUUCAGAAGAAGAGGUGUCCAAGGUGCUGGUCUUAGAGAUCGAGCCCAUUAAGAAGCUCCAUCCGUGUUUCGCCGAGUUCACCUAUCAGCCGCGCUCGCUGCCCGACGAAACCACACCCAUGUGCGUCCUCAGCAUGUUUGAAGACAUGGGUUUCAUCAACAUCUACAAGAUCGACCGGCAGACUCUCGCCAGGUUUUGCCUAAUGGUCAAGAAAGGCUACAGGGACCCGCCCUACCACAACUGGAUGCACGCAUUCUCCGUCUCCCACUUCUGCUACCUGCUCUACAAAAACCUAGGGCUGUCCAACUACCUCGAGGACAUAGAGAUUUUAGCUCUCUUCGUGUCCUGCCUGUGCCAUGACCUGGACCACCGUGGCACCAACAACUCUUUCCAAGUGGCCUCGCAAUCUGUGCUGGCUGCUCUCUACAGCUCAGAGGGAUCCGUGAUGGAGAGACAUCAUUUUGCUCAGGCCAUCGCCAUUUUGAACACUCAAGGCUGCAACAUUUUUGAGAAGUUCUCCAGAAAGGAUUACCAGCGCAUGCUAGAUUUGAUGAGGGACAUCAUUCUGGCGACAGACCUGGCUCACCACCUGCGCAUUUUCAAGGACUU